AUGAUUGAGACUGCUAAGAGGGUGGAGAUGCUAGAGACAAACCUAGAUAGGGUUGUGAGGCCUCAGAAAGGAAGUUCGUCCGAGACAAGAUUUCAAAAGAAGCCUUAUCUGAAACCUCAACAACCUGUUCAAGGAUCUGUGAAGUGUUAUGAGUGCGACGGUGCGCACUACACAAUAGAAUGCCCAAAACUCUUUAGUAACCAAAAUAAUGUGAAGAAGUAUUUUUCCUUCAAUAAGCCAGGACAUUUUGCUUUCAACUGUCCUGAAAAUAAGAUAAAGAUUAGACCACAACAGCCUAGUCCUUCUGGAGAAAAGCCCAAGGCAACGGGAAGGAUUUUUUCCAUUACUAGAGAAGAAGCACCGAAGCUAGGUAACCUUGUCUUAGGCAUGUACCAUUUCUUUGGAAAAUGUAUGCAUGUUUUAUUUGAUUCUAGAGCUACGCACUCCUUUGUAUCGUCUUCAUGUUUGGAAGAAUUUUGUUUACCUGUGAGUGAUCUUGGGUGUGGUCUAGUGGUUUCUACACCAGCAUCGGGAUAA